GCGAAAUUCUCACCUUGGUAUAAAAGCAGUUGCAGCUGACCAAGAACAUCAGAAUCAUCUGGGCUUCCAAUGGCUUCGUUUGUUGAAGAACCCAGGACUGGGGACAUCAUUCAGAUUUCCCGCUCUGGCUACUCGCACUGGGCCAUCUAUGUGGGCGAUGGCCAUGUAAUCCAUCUGGCUCCUCUCGAUGAGAGCCGUGGGGCUGGCCUCUCCCCCUGGAAAGGGGAGGUGAAAAGGGAGCUCCUGGCAGAAGUGGCGGGGGGCUGCCCCUAUCAGGUCAACAACCACUUGGACCACCUGUACAAACCACAGCCUGUGAAGGAGAUGAUCAGAUCUGCGGAGGAGCUGAUUGGCAAGGAGAUGGAGUACUGUUUUCAGAGAAGUAGCCAUGAGCUCUUUGUCACCGGUCUGAGAUAUGGCCCGGCUCACAGCCGGCAGUGUGUUCGAGAACCCAUGCCUGGAGACAUGAUUGAGAUUCCCCACAUGUUCUAUAAGGACUGGGCCAUCUAUGUGGGCGAAGGUUUUGUGAUCCAUCUGAGUCCUCCAGGCGAAUGGCACCUGUCCAUGUUUCUGAGUGGCAAUGCUACGGUAACAAAACAGCCCCUAGAGAAGGUGGCUUUGGGCUGCUCCUACAAGGUCAAUAACCACUUGGACUACAAGUACAGACCCCGGCCUGUGCCUGAGAUCAUCCAUUCUGCCGAGAGCAUAAUUGGUCUUCAGAGGACAUACACAGUUCGUAAGGAAAACAGCGAGAAGUUCGUCACCGAUCUGAGAUAUGGCUGGCUCCGUCGUGAGCUGUCAAGAGAAGUCCCAAUACCUGGCGACCUGAUUGCAAUUUCUCGAGGUCGAUUUAAGCACUGGGCCAUCUACGUUGGAGACGGUAGUGUAGUCCAUGUGACGGCUCCAGAUGGGUACCACGUGUCUGGCUCUGCCAACAAUUGCAAACAAACCACUGUAAAAUGUGAGCCUCUGAAAGAAGUGGCUGGGAAUGACAGGUACUGUGUCAGCAACUACUUGGACCACAAGUACAGACCCCGGCCUGUGCCUGACAUUGUCCGUUUGGCAAAGAUGACAGUGGGUGAAACCUGGAAGUACGACCUUGUGUCCUCCAACUGCGAGCACUUUGUCACUGAACUGAGAAAUGGCCUGCCCUGUAGUGCACAGAGUAAAAAUGUAGUUGAUGGGAUACUUGCAAGUGUGAGUAGUGUGUCAGUAUCUGCUAUUGGAGUAACACUCACCAGAUGUAACAAGAGCUUCCGAAGCCUCGAAGAUCUCUCAGUAAGAGGCUGCUGCGCGGACCAGCUCUCCAGCUCUGUGUGUGAUUCUCUCCCCCUGGACUUUGGAAGGACCAAUUAUAACAAGACGUGGCUUCUUGAAGAACUAGAUGAAGGAAUCCACUGACCCCUCUGUCAAAUAUUUCUACGACUCGUGCAGACUCAAGAAUCUUUGGAAAGGAAGCCUCUACAGCUGAGCACCUGCCGGCACUUCGAGCUGCCUAAUUUUGAAAAAGGCUCUUGAAAUGCCAGCUUCAGCCUCUUCCCGUGUAACAGGGUGAUGAUCAGCGCUUCGCUAUUUUGUUGAGAUGAUGUAAAAUGUCAUAGCACGAUCCUCGGCCAACAGCAGACGCUCAAUAAAUUUGCUUC